GAUGAAACUGGACUUGAUACUUUUGGUGUGAAGAAGUGUUGCAAUGGCAACCACUGUGUGUGUUAGCGUGUGGGUGUGUGCGUACUUGUGUGCUUGUGCAGCGUCCAACGUAGACACGCAGUUUCCUCUGGUCAAGUUUGGUGAAGACCAAAGUUUGUUCGGCCUGUCAGUGGCGCUGCAUCAGAACCUGAAGAGGAACCAGUACCAGCUGCUGGUGGGAGCUCCGCGACAGAAGGCGGAGCCUGGCCUUCCCGCCAAUCAAACGGGCGGCGUCUUUGUCUGUCCACUGACGGCGGAGCCGUCCGACUGCAGCAGGAUGCUGCUGAUCGGCAAAGAUCUCAAUCUGUCUCAAGACCUGAUAGAAGACAUGUGGCUGGGCGUGUCGGUGGCCAGUCAGGGUCCUCCUGGGGGCCGUGUGCUGGCCUGCGCUCACCGCUUCAUAAAAGUCUACGGCGUGUCCCAGUUGAGGCACAUGAUCGGCAGGUGCUACGUGCGGGGCAAUGACCUGCUCUACGACGACGCCGACAUGACCUGGCAGGAUCCGGCGCAGGUGUGCAGUCACCUGGGCGACGUGACCGGCGAGGUCAUGUGCAACAUGGGGAUUUCUGCAGAGAUCACUCAGACCGACAUCAUCGUGGGGUCGCCCGGGAGCUUCGAAUGGCAAGGGAACGUCCAUGUCUCCUGGAUAAAUCCUCGCGUUGAAUACGACACCCGCGGCAGCUCCUUCAGGAGAAUGAAUCGUCGAAACAUUUACAUCGGUUACUCCGUGUCGCAGGCUCAAGGUCUUCUCUCCCAGGAGGAGGUCACUGUUGUAGCAGGAGCUCCACGGGACAGCAGAGAAGACGCCAGAGGUUCUGUUCUUCUGGCCGUCAGAGAGGGCAAUGCGCUGGCGGUCCGACAGACGCUGCGUGGCGAGCAGACCGGGUCCUACUUCGGCAACGCUGUGGCAACGGUCGACCUGGACAACGAUGGGUGGCGGGACUUGCUGGUCGGGGCUCCGUUCUACUUCCACCCUAACAAGGAAGUGGGCGGAGCUCUAUACGUGUACUUGAAUCGAGGCGGUGGGUUUGAAGCCCAGCCCAGCUUGGUUCUGAAAGGCCCAUCCGGCUCUGGGUUUGGCAUGGCUGUUGUCGCCGCCGGUGACCUCAAUCAAGAUGGCUUCCAAGAUUUCGCCGUCGGGGCUCCAUUCCACGGAACAGGACAAGUGAUGAUCUGGACCGGGAGCAGCACUGGCCUGUCACCAAACCCCAGCCAGGUGAUCGUGGGGAGCAGGGUGUCGCCCCGCUUCAGGACGUUUGGGUACUCACUGGCGGCUGGACUGGACGUGGAUCAGAAUCAGUAUCCAGAUUUGUUGGUGGGGUCACUGGACGACACGGUGGCUCUCCUCAGGAGUCGCCCGGUCGUCCACUUGAACUGGACUCUCACAGCUUCUCCACCAAUGGUGAACCUGGAGUCGUGCCACUCCUGUGUCCAGGUCCAAGUCUGCUUCUCUCGAGUCCUCAGCAGCAGUGAUGACAUCAUCAGACUGGACUUCAUUGUGAGCGCUGACGUCACAAGCCCGAAGCCGCGCCUGUGUUUCUCCGAUGGGACCAAUGAGCACUCCGGUUCAGUGACCUUGUCGAGUCACUAUUGCCUCACGCUUCCACUCGGGUUGCAGAGCCCUGUCCUCCAGGUGGAGGAACCUGUGGUGUUCUCCCUGAACGUGUCUCUGAGCCAGGACCAGACUGCAUCAGGACUCACCCCGGUGCUGAGCAAGGCUCCCAGGACCGCAAGAACACAGGUCCAGCUGCAGGGACCUUUCAGCUCACAUCAGUCCUCAGAGUCCAGCCUGCAGAUGAGAGCUGGCUUCGUCCGUCAGCACCAGGACCGGCUGACCAGGUGGAGUUUGGGUCGGCUGGUCGGUCAGCUGCUUUUAGAGGUGAACAUCAGCAGCGAUGCUCCCAACGCCACGCUGAGCGUCUCUCUCCCCGAAGACCUCAUCUACAGAGGAGUCCAUUCCGAGGGUCACGUGGCGGGAUUUACAUGCUAUACUGAGGACUCUGCCGUCAUGUGCAAGCUGGGGACGUUGAGGAGGAACCACGAGGUCCGACUCUUUCUCAUUUUUCAAACACCCGACUUGAUCCUGGAUUCAGGAAACAUCAGUUGUGUAGUCCGCCUGUCAACGCUCAGCGGUCAGCCUCAGCUAUCGGUCCUAGUCUCUGCCCCUUCACCUCCACCCGCGUCCCUCUCUCUGAUCGCUGGUCCCGGUCUCAUCUCCCUGCGAGGUUGUUUGGCAGCAGAGUCCGAGGCGAGGACGGCGGAAGAGGUCGGACCGCCAGCACUGUUUGUGCUGCAGGUGCAGCUGCGCAGGAACCGCAGCACUAACUUGGAGGUGGAGUUCAAGUGGCCGAUAGAAGCUUCUGAUGGGAGGUGGCUGCUGUACCUGGAGGAGAUCCAGUUGGACGGAACACCGCAGUCUCACUGUCGCCCCCCUGAACAUGUCAACCCUGUGAAGCUCCUGCUGGACGGGAAGCGGCGGAGCCUGGAGGAAAGAAGCCCGACUCCGUUGGACAACAGCUACACCCUGGACUGUGCCGCAGGACACCCGUGCGUCACCUUCACCUGUCGCCUGGACAACGUUAGUAGCUCUGCGACGCUGACCGUCAAGAGCCGGGUGUGGACCUCCACUUUCUUACAGGUCUACAGCAGCGCUACCAGCGUGUUGGUGCGAGCCCAGGCCGCUCUUCGCCUCAGUUCUCAACGCUCUGCAAUGGAAGCUCGCGGCGCUCCGGUCCCAACCCGCCCGCACGUCGACGCUUUCACACCCCUCGCUGAUGUGACCGUUCUGCAGAUGGACGUGCUCAUUUUCCCGGACCAGGACGUGAAGUGGUCCAGCGGUGCACCUCUGUGGAUCCUGGCUGCGGCAGCUCUCACAGGACUGCUUCUGCUGGCUCUGAUCUGCUUGCUCCUCUAUAAGUGCGGCUUCUUUCAGCGUGGGACUCACUACUCAGCAACGAUGCUCCACCAGGGGAGAAUUGUGAGUAAAACCCAGUAGAAGAUCCCGGGAUGAGCGCUGAAACCUCCUCCCCUCCUCCGUCCUUCCAUCAUUUGUCAAGAUAUUUCUAGUAUUGUACAGUUUGUAAUGGUGUUGUUAAUGUUUUAUAUCGUGUUGUGAUACUGUUGUGAACAGUACGGUU